GUUUUUAGCCAACACAACUUUUGAUGGUCUCAGUGGCCACAUUAAAGUGAAAGGCUCCUCCAUUGUCAGCUCAGAAAACAACUUCUUCAUCUGGAGUCUGCAGCAUGACCCUGUCGGGAACCCUAUGUGGACUCGUCUAGGGAGCUGGCAAGAAGGAAAGAUAAUCAUGGACUAUGGGAUAUGGCCAGAACAGGCCCAGAGACAUAAAAAUCACAUGCAACACCCCACCCGGCUGCACCUCAGAGUGGUAACUCUCAUUGAGCAUCCAUUCGUAUUUACAAGAGAUGUAGAUGAUGAAGGUCUUUGCCCGGCAGGGCAGCUGUGCCUGGAUCCUUUGACCAAUGAUUCAUCCCUGCUAGAUAACCUGUUUGAAACCCUUCAAGGAGGGAAUGACACUGUUCCCAUUGAGCUGAAGAAGUGCUGCUAUGGCUACUGCAUUGACCUGCUGGAGAAGCUAGCUGAGGAUAUGAAUUUUGAUUUUGACUUGUACAUUGUUGGUGAUGGAAAAUACGGAGCCUGGAAGAAUGGUCACUGGACAGGGCUGGUGGGAGACCUUCUUGCUGGCACGGCUCACAUGGCAGUGACCUCAUUUAGCAUUAACACUGCCCGCAGUCAAGUGAUUGAUUUCACCAGCCCUUUCUUUUCAACCAGCCUGGGGAUCUUGGUGAGGACCAGAGACACAGCGGCUCCUAUUGGAGCCUUUAUGUGGCCACUUCACUGGACUAUGUGGCUGGGGAUAUUUGUGGCUCUGCACAUCACAGCUAUAUUCCUCACCCUAUAUGAGUGGAAAAGUCCUUUUGGGAUGACCCCCAAGGGAAGGAAUAGGAACAAAGUCUUCUCUUUCUCUUCUGCCCUGAAUGUCUGCUAUGCAAUCUUGUUUGGAAGAACAGCUGCCAUCAAACCCCCCAAGUGCUGGACUGGAAGGUUUUUAAUGAAUCUCUGGGCUAUUUUCUGUCUGUUUUGUUUGUCCACAUAUACAGCCAACCUAGCUGCUGUCAUGGUAGGAGAGAAGAUCUAUGAAGAGCUUUCUGGAAUACAUGACCCGAAGCUCCACCAUCCGUCCCAAGGUUUUCGGUUUGGAACUGUGCGGGAAAGCAGUGCAGAAGACUACGUGAGGCAAAGCUUCCCAGAGAUGCACGAGUACAUGCGACGGUACAACGUCCCUGCAACCACGGAUGGAGUGGCGUACCUAAAGCAUGAUCCAGAGAAGCUCGAUGCCUUCAUCAUGGAUAAAGCACUCCUGGAUUAUGAAGUAUCAAUAGAUGCCGAUUGCAAGCUUCUAACUGUGGGAAAACCCUUUGCCAUUGAAGGAUAUGGUAUUGGUCUGCCCCCUAACUCUCCGCUCACCUCAAACAUCUCUGAACUGAUAAGCCAGUACAAGUCCCACGGAUUCAUGGAUGUUCUGCAUGACAAAUGGUACAAGGUUGUUCCAUGUGGGAAAAGAAGCUUUGCUGUCACAGAG